AUGGAGAAUGGCACAGAGGUGAGUGAAUUCAUCCUCUUAGGACUCACCAAUGACCCAGCAUUACAGAUUACUCUAUUCAUAAUAUUUACACUCAUCUACCUCAUCACCAUGAUUGGAAAUGUAGGAAUGAUCAUGGUCAUCCUGCUGGACUCUCAUCUCCACACCCCCAUGUACUUUUUCCUCACUAACCUGUCUCUGGUCGACUUUUGUUCCUCCUCAACAGCCACUCCCAAGGUCAUGGCUGGACUCCUGCUAGGAGACAAGGUCAUGUCCUACAAUGCUUGCGCUGCUCCGAUGUUCUUCUUCGCAGCCUUUGCCAUGAUGGAAUGUUACUUCUUAACCUCCAUGGCCUAUGACCGCUACACAGCAGUGUGUAAACCCCUCCAUUAUACUACCAUCAUGACAAAAAGUGCCUGCACUCGCCUAGCUAUAGGCUGCUAUGUUAUUGGUAUUCUGAAUGCUUCUGUACAGACUGGGGACACUUUCUGCCUCUCUUUCUGUAUGUCCAACGUGGUCCAUCGCUUCUUCUAUGACAUUCCAGCGGUCAUGACUCUAACUUGUUCUGAUAAAUACCCCAGUGAUCUGGUUCUUAUGCUGGUGAUGAGCUUUAAUGUCAUUUUUGCCCUUCUGGUUAUCUUGAUUUCCUAUGUAUUCAUCUUCACAACAAUUUUAAAGAUGCACUCAAGUGAGGGAUACCAGAAGGCUUUGUCUACCUGCGCUUCACACCUUGUGGCAGUCUCCAUCUUCUAUGGAACAGUUAUCAUCAUGUACAUACAGCCCAGCUCCAGUCACUCCUUGGAUUCUGACAAAAUUAUAUCUGUGUUCUACACUGUGGUGAUUCCCCACACUGAACCCCCUGGUUUACAGUCUGAAGAACACGGAAGUGAAGGGUGCAUUUAA